AUGGGAAAUACUCAGGAUGAUGAAUGUGAAACAAAACCUGCUACGAAUGUACGAGACGCUGCAGAAGAAGACACCAGCACCAUGGCUGCCUUCCAGCUGCUCUUCCCGCUGUUGGUCAGCUGCGUGGCGGCGUCCGCACAUCCUCCCCGACACCUCCCAGCAUGCCAAGUUGUCCAGAUGGAUGUGUUUUGCAGCGACCUGAGCCUCAGAAGUGCUCCGGUCGACCUCCCUCGCGGCGUGCAGACGCUGGACCUCUCUCGUAACCAGGUGCAGAAUCUCACCCGGGAAACUCUGGCGUACCACACCGGCUUCCGUCACCUGAACCUCCACUCCAACAAUAUCCACUUCAUCCAGCCAGGGCUCUUCAAAGACAUGACGGAUCUGAAAGUCUUGGACCUGUCCAGGAAUCAUCUGAAUGUUUUCGCUCUCUCCAAAAUCAACAUCGGGCCUCUCACGGCCGUGGAGUCGCUCGACCUGUCGAGCAACGGGCUGUACACGGGGAUGUCGGACUAUUUCCUGGCGGAUUCUCCGUCGCUGGAGAACCUCUCUCUGAACGGAAACAGCAUCACCAAAAUAGCACAGAACACCUUCAGCGGAUCCUCGUCGUUGAGAAAAAUCGGCCUGCACAACAACGUGAUCUUGGAGAUCGAAGACGGCGCUUUCGACUCCCUGAACCGUCUGACUGAACUCGAUUUGUCCAAGAACUCGAUCACCUGCAUCACAGACUUCAACCUCUGCAACUUGAAAGUGCUCAAUCUCAGCAAGAACAGCAUGGAGCUUUUCCAAAGCGCGACGUCAGCGGAUUACUACAACCUCCUCUCACUCGACCUGAGUGAAAACAAAAUGCUUUACUUUCCCCGUCUCCCCAGAAACAACAGGCUGGAACACCUGGACGUUUCACGGAACCAACUCCAGAGCGUCAACGUCACGGGGACUCCUGAAAAAAAGGCGUUUUUCUCUCACCUGAGAUACCUGGACAUGAGUUACAACCAACUCAAAAGCAUACCAGAGUGCUUUUUUUACUGCAUGGCAUCACUGGAGGUCCUGAACGUGAGCAAUAACUGCAUCAGCUCGUUCUCUGUCACUAACGAAGGCCUUCUACGGACCGUGAAGAUCAUCAAUCUCAGCCAUAACUCGCUGCAGAGCCUGACGUUCGGGGAAAACACUCUGCAAUCGCUGGAAGAGCUCGUCCUACAUGGAAACGACCUCGCCACCCUGGACCACGGUAUAUUUCAAAGACUUCCGAGCAUCAAACACCUGCAGCUCCAGCAGAAUAACCUGCAGAUCUGUUCUUCGGACCAGAACCACCAGGAUCCACCGGGAUGCGUCUCCUUUGCUUCUAUACCGAACUUGCAGUACUUGGAUCUGUCUGAAAACAAUGUGAGGACUCUGCCUGCGAACGUGUUUUCCAACACCCCUCUGACGUUACUGGACUUGUCCCUGAACCCGGGCUUGGACAUGGACAAGGACUCCCUCUCCGGUCUGGAGCAUUCCCUGGUCCACCUCCUCCUGAGGGAAAACAACAUCUCCAGUCUAAACACAGACUUGUCGUCGCUGAGGAGUCUCAAACACAUAGACCUGUCCACCAACCAGCUGACCGCUCUACCGAUGUGGAACAAAGACUCCUCCAUCGAGUCCCUGAAUCUGCAGAACAACCACCUGGUCACCCUGGAGUACAGCACCAUGCUCGCUCUGGAGCACUCGCUAAAAACCCUCUACAUGGGCUCCAACCCUCUGAGCUGCUGCAGCAACCUGGACUUCCUCCACAUGGUGCAGAACUCGGCCGUGGUCGUUCCCGACAUCGAGACCGUGACCUGCGUUCACGAGGAGUACUCGGAGCCGGUCAACAUCGAGAAGGUGACCCAGGAAAUGUGUCACACAUCGGGGGUCCAGAACUACGUCAUAGCUGUCUUGGUGAUAGGGUUGGUGGCGGUGAUCGUGUCGGUGCUGCUGGUUAAAUGUUGCAGGUCGAGGAAACCGAAGCACAACCGAAGCUUCAAUGCCUAAUAUGAAACCAUGAAGGACUUUUAGGUUUUGCCACUUGGUUGGUGCUUUUUAAACCAGAGGAAAAAAACAUGACUGUUGUGUCUGCAAAGUCACUCAAAGACUUGUGAAGGGACAAUUUAUUGCCUUGACUUUGGUUUACCACGACCAUCUUUGCCACUAGAGUGAAACGGGACACGCGAAACAAAACAACAAUGGCUGCCUGAUAGGCGGAGACACCAAUGAAGAAGACACAUGCCAUAUUGUCUCCUAAAUGAAGACAAUAGAGUGCUGCAGGAAUGAGUCCGAAAAACACGGAAAUGACUCAGCAUUUUCUGAAUAUGUUUUUUGGUUAGAUGCCAGAAAUCAGGUCUGUGUUCAACACAAGCUGGAGAAAUUUUAAAGUUUUGUUCUACGAUAUAAAACAUGUCAGUAAAAACCCCUCUGGUGAAUUUAGAAGCUUUUUCGUGUCUUAAAAAAUAGUCUAAAUGAGAUGACUAAACGUGAAGUCAUGUGUAGUUUGUUUUCAGCCUCACUUUAGCUUUUUAAAUCAUAAAAGUGGUGUUCAUUUGUGAAGAUUAUGAUAUUAUAUCGUCAUCCCUGCAGCACUCUAUCAACAAACUCUUUAAAACAAGUGGGAAAUAUUUGGUUUUGGAGUAUUGGACUUUUAAAAGGACUUCAAUAGUUGAAGUGUCUUGUAGUGAACAUCUAGUGGUCACUUUAGGAACUGCAACUUAAAGCCUUUCGGGUAAAGCAGGAGUGUUUCCUGUUUGUUUCACAAGCCUGAUGCUAACUAUCAUAAGUUUAUUGAAUGUAAAAGGAUUAAUCCACUCUAAAAAAACACUGAAACACUGUUGACUGUCAUAACAUGCUAUGGGAAUAGUUUGACUUUUUAGGAAAUACGCUUAGAGGCAAGCGGCCUGUUAGCGUAGCUUAGCAUAAAGACUGGAAACACCUAGCUUAGCUCUGUCUAAAGGUAACAAAAUCCGCCUACCAUC